GCGCAGGCUCCCGGCCGGUGCAGGCUGGGCUCAGCUCUGCUGGACCCGCGCUGAGGGGACUCUGGCCUCGCUGCACUCAUGGCUUCUCCUAGCAAGGCAGUGAUUGUUCCUGGGAACGGAGGCGGGGAUGUGACCACCCACGGCUGGUAUGGCUGGGUGAAAAAGGAGCUGGAGAAGAUACCUGGUUUCCAGUGUUUGGCUAAAAACAUGCCUGACCCAAUUACAGCACGAGAGAGCAUCUGGCUGCCCUUCAUGGAGACAGAGCUGCACUGUGAUGAGAAGACCAUCAUUAUCGGCCACAGUUCUGGGGCCAUCGCAGCCAUGAGGUAUGCAGAAACACAUCGAGUAUAUGCUAUUGUAUUAGUGUCUGCGUACACAUCAGACUUGGGGGAUGAAAAUGAGUGUGCAAGUGGAUACUUCACCCGCCCCUGGCAGUGGGAGAAGAUCAAGGCCAACUGCCCUUACAUUGUGCAGUUUGGCUCCACUGACGACCCAUUCCUUCCCUGGAAGGAACAACAAGAAGUGGCCGAUAGGUUGGAAACCAAAUUGCACAAAUUCACUGACCGUGGCCACUUUCAGAACACAGAGUUUCAUGAACUGAUUACUGUGGUAAAGUCUUUGCUGAAAGUACCAGCAUAGACUGUAUGAUUUCUGCUAUUUCACAUCCCAAUAUAGGGGUAGAAUAAUAUCUACUCUCAGCCGAUUACUAGACACAUAAAACAUCCAGUUAAGUUCCAAAAGUGCCUGAAAAACAAACACAAGUUUCAACGUUCAAUCUAAGUUACAAAUAGCAUUUCCAUUUUCCACAGACUCUAAAACUCCCAAAUUGCUAUGAGCUACCGCAGUAUUUUCCUCAUUUGGUAAGACACGUAAGGACAGCUUAACUGCCCUUCCCUAACCAAAGUAAGUCAGAAACAGCACCCAGGUUUCCUGAUUCCCACUCCUGAGUAAAACGAAACAGGUUUUAUGUAUGUUGCAGGCGUCACACACUUUGCCUCUUUGAAAUCAAACUUUUCCGUUUCACUGGGGAAAGAAAACAUGACUGAAAGUCCAGAGUGUUAGCUUAGAGCUCAAAAUACUAGCUGCUGUUUCAAGCUGGCCCCGGACAUUAAACCCAGACUAGGGCCUUCACCUCUGACACUUGUCCCUGAGUCCUUCAGAUAUGUUGAGAGAAACUGAGACAGGAGUCUUCCAGAGUCAGGAAGGAAGGAGAAGCACAGCAAUAUACAUACAUAAUAUACGUGCAACUGACUAGAUUUGUUUGAGACAAGAGUGGUGGGAUCAGGGCUGUGUGGAGAGCUCAUGGCCUGUCUAAAUUGUUGCCAUGUGGAAAUGGGGCAGAGUGUUACCAAUUUUCUGAUUUUUUGUGUGGAAAAAAUGUCCAAAUUAUGGUUUUUAAAUUUGGGGACUAUAUAUAUAUACGCGCACACACACACACACACAAAAUCCAUAUACAUAUGAGUAUGUAAGUUGGCAAUAAGAGUAUACAUCAAAAAAUUUACAAACACUGCAAGACAAAUAAAAUCCAAGCCAUCCAUUUGUGACCACAGUCAUAAGCAUUAACUUAGCCAGGGGCUUUUAGAUAAUUAUCUGUGAAGUCUGAGAAAAGACUAAGAUAACCAAAAUGAACAUAAUGUCAAAGGAUGAAAUCAUGGGGACAAUUUGGAUUUUGUUCCAAAGUCAAGUGUUUUUAAAAAGAACCUGUCCAUACUUCACGUUCUCUUCUAUGGAGAACAGAACUUCCGUGGCCCUGUAGAGCUCUUUCAAGCACAUUCCAUUUUCUUCUGAUCAUACUUCCUCAAAAAGCCUUUUAUUUGGCUGGGUGUGGUGGCUCAUGCAUGUAAUCCCAGCACUGUGGGAGGCUGAGGUGGGUGUAUUGCUUGAGGCCAGAUGUUUGAGGCCAGCCAGGGCACAUAGCAAAACCCCAUCUCUACAAAAUAUUUAAAAAUUAGCUGGGCAUGGUGGUGCACACCUCUAGUCCUAGCUACUUGGGAGGCUGAGGCAGGAUUGCUUGAGCCCAGGAGUUUGAGCCUUCCGUGAGCUAUGAUCCCGUCACUGUACUCCAUCCUGGGUGAUGGAGCAAAGAACCUGUCUCUUGAAAAAAAAAAAAAAUUUAAAUAAAGAAACCUACCCUUUUUCAUUUCCCACCAUUUUUUGGCUAUUAUGAGCUCUAAGUGUUACUUCAAAUAAUUUCCAGUGAAUCCACACUUGAUGUUCCAGAGCCUGAGUUUGCUGCAGAAAUAUAAUUUCCUAUACUUCAUGCCUAAAGGAGAUUGAGAGCUAUCACUUAAAACCAAAAGUCUUGGUUUUUAAAUGUGCUUAGACCAAAAAAAAAAAAAAAAAUCAGGAAAGGUACCCUAAUUGUUUAACAGCAGUCAUCUUUGGGGAAUGGGCAUUUUGGUAGGUACAAUGUGGUGGACGUCCUUCUUCUUUAUUUUUUUUUUGAGACAGUGUCUUGCUCUGUCGCCCAGGCUGGAGUUCAGUGGCACAAAGCUCUUUCUAACCUCUGCCUCCCAGGUUCAAGUGAUUCUCACGUCUCAGCCUCCCAAGUAGCAUGAACUAAAGGCAUGCGCCACCACGCCUGGCUAAUUUUUGUAUUUUUAGUAGAGAUGGGGUUUCACCAUGUUGGCUAGGCUGGUCUCGAACUCCUGGCCUCAGGUUAUCCACCCACCUUGGCCGCCCAAAGUGCUGGGAUCACAGGCAUGAGCCACCAUGCCUGGCCCCUUACUUUAUCCUCCUAAGAGAUUAUUUGAAUUUGUUACACUAAACAUGUAUUUUAUAAUAAAAAAUAAUUAAGAUUUAAAACAAUAUAUUUGACUACUAAAAAGCAAAUUAUAUAAGUCAGUUGAAUAAGGAAGUUGUUAAAGAGGCUGUUUAGCACGAAUUUGACCAAAUCUGUAGUCAAAGUUUGAUUCUACUUGAAUUUUUUGGAAAUUUGCUGUUGUGUUUCUUACUCUUUGUCUUGUUCUCUGUGAAGUCCUUUCGUAAAAAAACAAACUUACACAAUUUAGUUCACAAAACUUUGUUGACCUCUCUGUAGAAAUGAAAACUAAAUAUAUGUAAUUAAGAAAUAAUUCUGAUACUCUUCAUUCCUAUAAAAGUAAUGUUAAGAUAGACCUAUAGGAUUGUUGAUCUUUGCUGCCAAAUAUAACCGGUAACCACAGCUAGCUGUAAAAUUGAAAAUUCAGUUCAGUCAAAAUAGCCGUAUUUCAAGUACUCAGCAGCCACUGCGGGCUAUUGGUUACCUUACUGACCAGCCGAUAUAGGCUAUUUCUGUCAUUAUAGAAAGCUCUAUUGGACAGCAUUGGUCUAGGACACAUAUUUUGUAUUUUCCCCUCAUCUACUAUCCAAUACUGAGUAAUAGUUCAAAGUACAAGUGACUUAAUUUGAAAUGACUUCUGUUUGGCUAUUUCUGUAUUGCUUAGCUGAUCACCACCAACAUCAUAGGUCUAUACAAUUUACUAAAUCACCCAACUAAGAUCAAGGGUGUUUCAUGGGAAAAUCCACACAAACUAUUCAUUAAAAACCUAUCAUAGAGUCAUGGACUGGCAUGGUUUCUGUUUGAUUCUUUGUGGUCACCAUUGAAUAUACAGGGGCCUCUGUACACUCUGAGGAGUAUCUAUUCUCAGGUGAGCAAAAUACCGAAUACUGAAUGGAAAUCAACUGUAAGUAUUAGGACUUCAUAUGCAACUUGAGUUUUUGGUGUUGUCAGGAGUCUAGAGCCCCACAAUUAGUUUUGGUUACAGUUUAUCCCUGUAGGAUAAACGAUCCAUUUAACUAUUCAUCAGAGGUGCUGUAUUUUUAAAUAGUCUCUUAUCUCCUAAUUUUCAGAAUUAAAAACAUGCCAUGGGAAAAAA